CCCGGAAGUCACUGGAAGCUUCCAGAACUUUCUAGCAUUUUCUCCAUUAUAUCAUGUAUUUUUACACCCUGCUCACCAACUACAUCACAUUCGAAGAUUCAAGAACCACCUGGUCACUUCCAUGAUGUAAUAUAAAAAUGGGUGACGCUGGCGGGUUCACCAGACUCUUCCGAACGACGGACAUAUCAGCAUCAUCUUUCCAGCGACAACAGCGACCCGACUGACACCAGACAAAACCAUGCCUGUCAUGUUCUCUCCGUUCUACCCGAGCAGGCCCUGCUGCCGAACCGUGCGGCCCCGGCCCCGCGGCUUCCCAGGAGUUGCGAAUGACGUUCCUCUCUACGUCAUUGAACACCAGAUCGACGCCGCCCUCCAAGAUGGACUGCUCUUCCUCAACCAACUCCUCAGCCCUUCACAGUGCCCAUGCCGGCCGCCCACACAGCAGAACAAGGCCGAUGAGAGGAAAGUCGACGAAGGAAAUGAGAAGGAGACCAAGACCAAAGCCACCCCGCACCCGGAGAAGUACCAGGUGUCGCUCGACGUGACAGGCUUCUCUCCUGACGAGAUCAGCGUCAAAACCGUCGGCAACAAAGUCCGCGUCCACGGCAAGCACGAAGCGCGCCACGCCGACCAGAGCGGCCACAGCUUCCGCUAUCAGGAGCUGAGGAGGGAGUUUGUCCUACCCGAGGGGGUGGACCCCGAGACCGUCACGUCCGUGCUGUCCAAGGACGGAGUGCUGAGCAUCCAGGCCCCGAGGAUGGCAAUCGAGGCGCCGCCUGCCGAGAAAGUCGUGCCUGUCCAGUCUGCCGAGGCACCGGCAGUAGAGAAUGGGAAGGAGGACAUUGAUUGUGCGGAGGGCGAUGAUGAGAUGGCAGAGUGCUGGCGGGUUCACCAGACUCUUCCGAACGACGGAAAUAUCAGCAUCAUCUUUCCAGCGAUAACCACAACAGCGACGCGACCGACACCAGACAGAACCAUGGCUCUCGUGUUCUCUCCGUUCUACGCGAGCAGACCCUGCUGCCGAACCGUGCGGCCCCGGCCCCGCUGCUUCCCGGGAGUUGCGAAUGACGUUCCACUCUACACUAUGGAACACCAGAUAGACGCCGCCCUCCAAGAUGGACUGCUCUUCCUCAACCAACUCCUCAGCCCUUCACAGUGCCCAUGCCGGCCGCCUACACAGAAGAACAAGGCCGCUGAGAAGAAACCCGACGAAGGAAAUGAGACGGAGACCAAGACCGAAGCCACCCCGGAGAAGUACCAGGUGUCGCUCGACGUGACAGGCUUCUCUCCUGACGAGAUCAGCGUCAAAACCGUCGGCAACAAAGUCCGCGUCCACGGCAAGCACGAAGCGCGCCACGCCGACCAGAACGGCCACAGCUUCCGCUAUCAGGAGCUGAGGAGGGAGUUUGUCCUACCCGAGGGGGUGGACCCCGAGACCGUCACGUCCGUGCUGUCCAAGGACGGAGUGCUGAGCAUCCAGGCCCCGAGGAUGGCCAUCGAGGCGCCGCCUGCCGAGAAAGUCGUGCCUGUCCAGUCUGCCGAGGCACCGGCAGUAGAGAAUGGGAAGGAGGACAUUGAUAGUGCGGAGGGCGAUGAUGAGAUGGCAGAGUGAGACAGUGGUCUUGAACUGUAGCCCUCUAGCACCACAGCUUAGUCACUAGCAAUGCUAUAAUAUUUAUUGUCGUACAGCAUUAAUGCUUGUUAAAAUCUGAUAUCUAUAUAUCUAUAUAAAUGAAUCCUGUGUUCGGCAAAGGUAGUCGCAGCUCACGUAUUUUUAUGUCAUACAGAGCGCUGCAGGACGUGAUAUCAACGUUUGCAUAGAUUGAGUAAUGGGAAUUUCUACGUGCUGUCCAUUGAGCGAGGCUUUCCAUGCUUAUCAUUGUUAUCAUUAUCAUAGGAAGGAUGAAUGUGGAAUAAAAUAUAUUUUGCUGAAACUUGUA